AGAACUGGACAGUGUUUUCUCGUGUCAUCGUGUGUAUCUUGCUCGCCGUUGGAACGAAAACAACAUUCGUCGUCCACUGUUGUCUCUUUCAUCCAUUCAUCGGAAAAUCUGUGACUGUGUUUUGAAUUCUUUUUAGCCAUUUCCAUGGCCUCUUCUCUCUUGUCACCAUUCUCUGCACCCUUUAUCGAUGAUUCUGCACACUCUUUCCUCCAUGGAACGAAGCUUUUUCUGAUUCCUAACCCCAGGACCAAAUUGGCACCGCGUUGCUUCAAGUCUCCUUCUGCCAAGUCCUCCUUCGACCAUAUCCCGAAGCAGUUCAGGCAGCAAAAUCUCAAGGAUGGCUUGAUGGACAACUACAAGAAUGCACCUCAAUAUCUAUAUGGCCUUACUCCUUCCCAAAUGGACAUGUUCAUGACUGAAGAUAAUCCUAUCCGCCAGCAGUCUGAAAGAGUAACAGAGGAAAGCAUCUCAUCUGCCCAGAAUUAUUUGGAUCAUGGUGGGAUGUGGAGUCUAUCUACCAUGGCCAAUAAUGGCCCUUCAAAAUAUAGCAUGAGUGUUAGUAUGUAUCGAGGAGGAGGUAGGGGAGCUGGAAGGCCUAGAACUGCUCCUCCAGAUCUGCCUUCUUUGCUCUUGGAUGCUCGAAUAUGCUAUCUGGGUAUGCCGAUUGUACCAGCUGUAACAGAACUUCUUGUUGCUCAAUUUAUGUGGUUGGAUUAUGAUAACCCUAACAAACCUAUAUACUUAUAUAUUAAUUCAUCUGGGACUCAGAAUGAGAAGAAUGAGACUGUUGGAUCAGAAACUGAGGCAUAUUCCAUAGCUGAUAUGAUGUCUUAUGUCAAAUCAGACGUCUAUACUGUGAAUUGUGGCAUGGCAUAUGGUCAAGCAGCAAUGCUUUUGUCGCUUGGAACAAAGGGUUAUCGUGCUGUGCAGCCAAAUUCAUCUAUGAAAUUAUAUCUCCCAAAAGUCAACAGAUCGAGUGGUGCUGUUAUAGAUAUGUGGAUUAAGGCAAAAGAGCUGGAUGCAAAUACCGAGUAUUACAUUGAGCUGUUGGCAAAAGGAACAGGGAAAUCAAAGGAAGAAAUUGCUAAGGAUGUCCAGAGGCCUAAAUAUCUUCAAGCCCAGGAAGCCAUAGACUACGGAAUUGCUGACAAAAUAAUUGAUUCGAGGGAUGUUACAUUUGAGAAGCGGGAUUAUGAUGGAAUGCUUGCUCAAUCAAGAGCUGCCAGGAGACAACCUGGUGGCAAUCCUCAAGUGGCUCCUUCAGGAUUUAGGUAAAUCACACAAAACAUGGGGCCACUUAUUCUGCUCUGCAUCCAACCCCUUUAAAGGGUUUUGGUUUAAGUUGGCUCCUAGUAUAAAGGUCAAGCAGCUAUCUUGUUCUUAUAUCAAGGCCAAAUGGAAAAUUUCUCCGGAUAGCGUAUAAAGUCUGUAUCAUGGCUCUUGGGUGAUGUGAUAUAUAAUUCUAUACUUGAAUUACCUAUGCUUAUCUUCGACAACUAAAGAAAAUGACCAGGGCUUAGGGAUAACUUUCUUGAGUUGUAUAUAUGGAACCAUUACCAAAGUGAUAGACUUGAUGGCUGCAUUCUCUACACCUUUGUAUGAUUAUUUCUUUUGAAGUGUGUCUAAAGCACCCUCCCGGCCCCUAUUUAUCCUUCGUGUUGGGGUCAGUAGACACUUUGCGAUGUUCAUUUCAUUUGGAAUCAGAUUGAAUUUUAUC